GAAGCAAUCGACCUCCUCUCUCUCUCUCUCUCUCUCUCUCUCUCUCUCUCUCUCUCACCACAGUUCAAUAGCUAUAUGCCUAAUCCUCCGGCCACCGUCAAAUUCCUCUGCAGCUAUGGCGGCAGAAUACUCCCUCGUUACCCCGACGGCAAUUUCCGUUACCACGGCGGCAACACUCGCGUCCUCUCCCUCCCUCGUCCCGUAUCUUUCUAUGAGCUGAUGACGAAGCUCGGGGUUAUGUGCGGGAUGGCGACGAGUCUCCGGUGUCAGUUGCCGGCGGAAGAUCUGGAUGCGCUUAUAACAGUCACCUCCGAUGAGGAUCUGGCGAAUCUCAUGGACGAGUACGACAAGGCUUCGUCGGCUCCGAAGAUCCGUGCCUUCCUGUCUCCGAUCAAAUCCGCCGACGGGAAGAAGACGUCGGCGGCGAAACAGAGAGGAGGGAAGUGCGUGCUGUGUUUAGGGAGAUGGGCGGAGAGGAUGCGUAGUUAUGGACGCGAUGCUCACUGUCAUAGAGAGCCGACCCUCCUCUAUCUCAUCCAUAACGGGAAUCACUGGCAAUAAGAGUUUUCGCAGAGAUAAAAGAACAGAGAAUAUGUAAAAGAUGGUGCAAAAAUGAACAAAAAAGAAGAUAUAAUGAAGAAGAGGAAUGUAGUGAUAUGCAUCAUCGAUGCCCAUGUUUUGAUAAUCUGUCAAGCAUGCUCUGAUGCUUGACUCUUUACAAAGUUUACGCUCAUCUAAAUUAUUUAUAUUUUUUUGUUCUCCAUCGAUCCAUCACUUUUUAUGCCUAAUUAAGUCGGUGGAUCACAAAGGGUCGAGUGGUAGAGAUUUUUGGAACCUAAAAACCAAAAAAAAAAAAAAAAAAAAAA